GGUCAUUCACCAGCUGCUCUGCAGUCACUUAGUCUGUUCCUGUCGAAGAUGGACACAGAAGAGUCAAGUGUCAGUGUUUCUACUAUAUUCACGUUCUUGUUGUUGCUUUCCCCCAUCGUGUCUCUUGAAGGUCAGUUACACGUGGUUGGAUCUCCUCAGCCUAUCGUAGCUGCUCCAGGUGAUGAUGUCAUCCUACCGUGUCACGUAGAGCCAAAGUUUAACGUGGUGGGACUGACGGUGGAGUGGUCGAGGCCCGAUCGUAAUAUGGAAUAUGUACAUCUAUACAGGCACAACAGGGAGAUGACCGACAUGAAAAUCCCAUCAUACUUCGGGAGGACGGCGUUGUUCACAGACGGCCUGAGAGAAGGAAACAUCUCACUAAGAAUCACUAAUGUGACACUAGAAGAUGAAGGAAGAUACAGAUGUUCAAUCCCAAAGUUAAAGAGUCAAACAAAGUCUUCAUUUGUUAGUCUGAUUGUUGCUAAAACUGUGACAACACAGACACCACUGCAUCCUGAAACUCUCCAAACUCCUAAUCUGGCAGAAGAGUUUCACAGUAAAGGUGGUUUGUCCCGUCGGAGCCGACUGAUCCCACUUGUGGUUUUCGGUGUUUUUAUUCUGCUCUGUGUCGCAGUCGCAGGACUCUGGUUCACUGAGUCAAAGCGUCGAAAAACAGAAAUAUCUUGCGAGUGCAGCUUCAUAGGUGCCUUACUCUUGGACACACUGGAUUAUUUAACAGAGGCGAAAGCAUCACCCACUUUACUUGGCCGUUAAUUUUUUGUUUAACGACUCAAAGCAACAACGUUUCCAGCCUCAUGUGGAUACGGCGGAUCUGCAGCAGGAGGAUUUCACAAUGUCCUGUAAUUUGUUUGGAGUCACGCUGAACCCCAGGUUUAAACAAGACAGUUAAAAUACAGAAACAACAACCAUCAUUGGUGCCAAAGUUGACUUCUGGGAUCAAACUUCAAAAGCGUGAAGUGGUCUGCUGUAGAGCAGAGCUCAAUUUUUUUUUUGUGACUGUUUGAGCAAAUCUUCUGUCCAAGUUAGUUUCAUGUGAGGAAAUCUGCACAAGGACACAGAGAAGCAUUUAGGUCGACAUUCUUUUCUGUGUUUUUUUGUUUUGCUGUAAUGGUAUAAAGUAAAAUUUUCUGUUUUUAGUUUUAAAGCUAUUUUUAGAUUUAAAUAUUUUAGUGUAUUUUCAGAGGUAGAUGUUUUUUUUUUAAUCUAGUGAACUUUAAAACGUCCCUGAGUUAGUUUACAGCCAUAACUAAAGUGCUUUUGAGCAGGGCAGCUGUCAUUGACUAAAAUAAUAACCAAUAUCAUCAAAGCUGAUUUAUGGUAAUGCUGU